UCACCAGAAAGUUAAUAGACUAUCUGACAGGAAGGGGUGGGGACAACCGAAUUUGGCAGCAAAAUUUGAAGAACCGAACGGACGGGUUUGAGGAAACGAUGGUCGUCAUUCGUAUGGACUGUGCAAUUCUGAAAGAAUAGCCUAAGUGUUGUGAAUUAGAGACCUACGGAUGGCUUUGCGUGCCUGACUGCGUUUUGGACAGCCCACCUCCUGCCUGAGCAGCGGAGAUGUCUGACAGCCUGAAGAAAAGAUUAGAAUUCCCCAGCCCUCUGGUUCAGGCGCAGGCGGUGAGGAGCCUGGUCACCAGUGUGCUGAAGGAGAAAGGCCAGAGUGAAAAGAUUGUUCAGUCCUGCAAUCAGAGCGUGGCGCUGGACGCCCUGUGGGAGCAGUGUUGCAGUGACAGCGCUCUGGUCAGGUCGGCCUGCUGCGACGCCCUGGUGCUGCUGGUGGAACAGGGCCAUGCCGACCUGCACUACGCCAUCAACGGCGUGCUCAACCUCGUACCUUCAGCCAGGAACGUGCAGGGGCUGAUUAAAGUGAUGGGGAAGCUGCUGAUGAUCCAGGUCAGCCGAGAACAGAGAGACCGAGGGGCUGCCUUUACCUGCCCUUAUUCUAUCAGGAACCCCCCUCACCCGUACAUCACAGUGCUGGAGAACCGUCCGGACUGCUGGCCAGCUCUGCUGGGGGAGAUUGAUGACAUCAUCAAACAGGCAGUGGAUAAAGAGGAGCCGGUUUUUUUGGAUAUGCUGGCCCCCUUCCUUCGCUACCUGUACUGCGAGCCCCAGCACCUGCCCGAACACGCCUUCCUCCGGCACGGCCUGCUCCGGGCACUGCUGCCCGCCUCGCCCGGGGACUGGGGCGGGGCUGGGGGCGGGGUCGGUGACGGGGCCCCGCCCUCCCCGGUGUUCCACAGGCUCCUGCUCUGCCUGUUUGAAAUGGUCCCACUCAUGCAGGUGGACAGCCUGACGUCGGUGUUGGAGCUGGGGCAGUUUUUGGGGGCGCUGUGCCCCCCUCUCCUGUCGGGCGGGGGGCGGUACGGGGCGGAGCGGGCGCAGCUGAGCCUCCACCUGCUGUGUGCCGGUCACCUGAGCAUGGGCAUCUGCGGGGAGUGCGCCCCCUUCCUCCGGCUCCUCCAGCAGCUCCUGCCCACCUGCGCCCAGGACUUCCCGUCAGAGCAAGUGCUCUUGGGAGUGAGCCUGCUUCUGCUGAAGGCCCCGGCAUCCCAGCAGACCGCGCUAUUGGACCUUGCUGCCAAAGUGGUCUCUCCCGAAUCCCCCCCGCCUCUGGCUCCUGUCCUGGUGCUGCCGCUGCUGCAGGUGCUGUCCCGCUCGGCGCUAAUGGAAGCGCUAACGGACCCCCAGACCCGGGCCCGGAACCAGAACCUGGCCCGGUCUCUCCUGCAGGCGGUGCAGCAACCCGCGGGCGACGCCCGCGAGGAUGGUGUGCAGCUGGCCCUGCCCCUAAGCCCUUGGUACAGCGAACUGCUGGUGGCCACCCACACCCUGCGGAGGGUGAGCCGAGACCCCGCCUCCGCCCGCGAUUGGCUCAUCUCUGUUCAAUCCGCCCUGCCCCUCAGCGACCGUGUCCCAGAUCACCUGACGCUCAUCCUGGGUCACCUCAUCCUCACUGGCCAGGGAGAGGUCUGUAGGCUGGCCCUCAGCACCACCGCCCUGCUGGCCGAGGCAGACCCUGCACAGGUUCCCGCUCUUCUUCCUGUCCUGAUGUUUAAGUUGGGGAGAAUCGCUGACCCAGACCUGUCCCACGCUCUGCUCUACAGUCUGCCCAACCUGGCAACCCACAAGUUCUGUGUUCCCCAGGUCCUGCAGGUGCUCCAGGUGUUGGGCAGCAGUCCUAAAAUGAGGGCCGUGGGGCUUCGCCUCAUGUCCUCGCUCUGGGUCAAACAGGACCGCGUGUACCCAGAGCUCCAGAAGCUGAUGGCACAGGUUGAGAAGGGAUCCCUGGUGGGGAAGGAGGAACAGUGGGAGCAGAUCCUGGCCCGAGCUGCCUGCAUCUGGGACAUCUGCAAGGAGAGGCCGUACCAACAUGGAGCCGACAUGCUGGCGGCCAUCACAGACACUCUGUCCCAGUGUACCAAGCAGGAUCAGGCCACGCCCUCUGCCCUGGCUCUCCGGGGUCUUCAGGAGCUGUGUCGGGCCGAGGUGGUGGACAUCCGCUCCACUUGGGGCGCUCUCUCCCCCAGGCUGAGCUGUGACUCCAGGCCCCUGGUCAUCGCUGCCGUGUGCGAGCUCCUGGCCCUGGUGCCCCAGCUCACGGUGAAGACUGAAGAGUAUGAGAAAUUCAAAGAGCAGGUCGUCAGCACUCUGUGGAGUUACGCUCUCAGUAAGGACUCUGAAGUGGCGCGCUGUGGAUUCAAGGCGCUUUCUGAGUUCCCGGAGUCUGUCCACACCAUCCUACACCUCCCAGAGCAGGCUCGGCCACCGCCGAAAGCCCCCGAGGAAGAGGAGGAGCAGGCAACAGAGCCAGCGGAGAAGGAGGAAGAUCUGUCCAUUCCAGGCUCCUCCUACAUCAAGCUCCUGGUCCUCACGCCCUCUGCUGUCCUGCCAGGUUUGGAGGGGUUCCUGACGUCGCUGGUGAGGCAGGAGAUGGUGGACAUGCCCCGCGGGGUGUACCACUCCGCCCUCAGAGGGGGGAACCUGCGCUCGGACCAGGGCAAGACGGUGGCCGGCAUCCCGGGGUUCAUGCUGAAGGCCUACGAGAAGAACAGACAGCCUGGCCUCAAACCUGGCCUGGCGGCCGGCUUGUUGCUGUGUUACGACCUGCCUGUCCAGACGGACAGAGAGGGGCACCCCAUCGCGCGUUUCCUGGUCAGCCGCGGACGCAGCUACCAACAAAUGCUAGCGGCCCUGAUACACGAGGUGAACAUCCAGCCCUCAGAAUGGCAUCGCUCUAUCCUCUUGCCGCAGGCGUGGCGGGGGUUCAUGAGCCGCGCCUACUUCGCCGUCCUGCAGGGGCGACGGGCGGAGCUGGAGAUGGUGCAGAAACAAGGGAAGGAGGAUCCAGAGGAGCUGCAGUACAGACAGUACUGCGCCUGGCUGUGGGCCCGGGACAUGCUGACCGACGUCGUCAAGUCUGCCGCCAAGGACAGUCCCGUGGUCCAGGGGAACUCCAUCCUGGCCCUGAGCGGACUGGCUGCGGUUCUGGCCAAGUACGAGAGCAGCCUUCCCGCUGAAGAGAAGGGAUCCACAGAGGUUGGACCGGAGAUCCUGCCCACUCAACACUGGGUCUCCAUGGUGAUGGACACCCUGUUGAGUGUGGUUAGCAGCAGCUACAGGCCCAAAGGGCAGGUGUUCCCCUGGUUCCAGCAUAGGUCGUACUCCGGGGAGAACACGGCCAGCGCCAUCGCCCGCUCCUGCGCGGCCCUGGCCCUGUCCGUCAUGGCGCCUCUGCUUGCCACCUCCCACAAGGCCAGCCUCCCGGAGGCCCUGUCCACCCUGCAGGCAGCCCUGCCUGGGGGAGCCGCCGCAGACGAGUCCCAGGCUGUGCAGUUCCACACAGGCCUCGCCCUGGGGAUGCUGCUGUCUUCACUGCUGGAGGAGCGCGUCAGUGAUGUCUCAGGUCAGAAGAUUAGUGAGUUGUUAAUGAGCGCGCUGGAUGCCCUGGAGGCCUGCUGCUUCAACACCGACCUGGAGUACAACACAGGGUGCAUUCUGGGAGUGGGCGUGGUGCUGGCGUUGCUGAGUCACAGUGGGCAGGUGGAGAGGCGGGAGCGCGUGGCGCUGACGGUGGAUCGGCUGCAGGGGGCACUGGAGCAGAGCACAGGGCAAGGCCGUAUGCUGCAGGAGGUCCUCGCGUACUCUCUAGCCUGUUCUGGCACGUCGGCCUUCAGUGCGGGCAUCGUCGAUGGCAGCAGGGCUGAGGAGAUCAUGAACGCUCUGCGAGCUCUGACAGAGGAGAGCCAGCAGACCCCGGGAUUCGCGCUCGCCCUGGGGCUGGCAGUCCACGGCCUGUCUGUCUGCGGCCACGGCAAAGCGGAGGACUUCAGCGGCCGGCUCCUGGGGGCCUGGAUCAAGAUCCUGCUGACCGAGGGUGCUCCCACCAUGCAACGUCUGGCUGCAGUUAACGGUCUGGUGGCCCUGGUUGGUUCUGAGAGCUCCCUCAUUCAGCUCAAGUGUGAAUCAGAGCAGUCGUCCCAGCGACAGAGCCGGCUGAACGAGGUCAUCAAAGCAGUCACACAGAUCAUCACGUUCUCUGGUGCGAUCGGCCUGCAGACCAACGCCUCCUGUCUCCUGGGACACCUGCACCUGGCUCACCUGUCCUCCAGUCACAGCCGGACUGCAGUUCCCGUGGACUUUGGCUACCUGUCGGAGAGGAGUGUGCUCAGAGCAGCAGUAGACUUCCUGUCAGAGGCUGGGCGGAAGGGUCCGGAGUCCUCCCCCCCCAGGCUGGUUAAAGUGGCGCUGGAGCCCCUGGCAGCGGUGGGCAUGAACUACCAGUACCCCCCCCUCAACUGGAGCACCCUCCUCUCCCCUCUCAUGAGACUCAACUUCGGUGAGGAGAUCCAGCACCAGUGCAUGGAGCUGGUGAUGUCACAGUCGCAGACCUCACAGAGUGCAUCUCUCUUCCUGGGCAUGUGGCUGAGCCCUCCUCUGGUCCACAGCCUGAGUCCUCGAACCCGAGCCCAGCUGUACCGCUGCCUGCCCCUGUGGAUGCAGCACGUCGCGGAGGACAAGCUCCAGGUGUGCGCGGGGACCCUGGGGGUCCGGCACUUCGGCCAGGACGGCGGCCCCCAGCGCCUCCCGCUCUGCCGCGCCCUCCUGGAGGGCCUGUCCCGCGCCAUGGCCCUCCCCAACCCCUCCCAAAACUGCUGGGCUGUCCUCUGCUCCGCCACCGAGAAGAUCUUCGCCCUCCUACCCGACCGGAUACAGGACAGUGAGCUGGGCCUGUACGUGGGAAUCGCCAAGUGUCUGUCGGAGAUGACCGACACGGAGAUCGACAGAAUCGCUCGGGUCACUGAGGCUAACAUAGAGAAGACGGGCUUUGUCCUGGCGUACCUGAGCUCCCAGGGCAGGGUACCUCUCCUGGGCCUCAAUGAUGUCAUCGCUGCUGCACUAAAGGGGGCGCGGAGGGAGGAGGUCAGCUGGCUGCUCCUGCAGAGCUUCUACCAGUCCCGCCUGGCGUCCAGCCCCAACACGGGGGUGACGAAAAGGAUGGAGUGGCUGCUGGAAUUAAUGGGUCACAUCAGGAAUGUGGCCUAUGGGACGACUCCGGUGGGGAGCGGGGACACCAGACAGGCUACAGACUUCCUGCUCCGCCUCUUCAGCUCUGCCGUGCUGUCCUGGGCCGACCACUCCAUGCCCCUGCUCCUAGGGGUCAGGGCCCGAUGGUUUCCAGGGAAACAGGAUUCUGAGUCACCCGAUUGGUCCCACGGUCUCUACGGCAGCCGCUCGGCCAAUGAGAACCCUGCCUCACAGUGCCUGCUGGGCCUGCCGUGCAGCAUCCAGCUUAUAUUGGCCAGAGAGCCCUGGAAAGGGCAGACUCAGAAGUUUAUAGACUGGCUCUUCAGCAUAGCAGAAGGUCCCAGAGAGGGAUUAUCCGAAAAGUCAAUCAUCGCUGCCAGAGCUGCCCUUUUAUCCCUGAGGAACUUUCCAGAAUUCAAGAGGAAGGUGGUAUGGACCAGAGCCUAUGGGUGGUAGGAAGAGGAAUCAGGACCCCCCAGCCCCGGCCUUCGCCCCCCUCUCCGGUGCAUAGCCAAUUGCAGCUCAGUUGUCCUACAGUUCCUGGGUGCACAAGCCUGCAGCCUGUUGCUUUCUCGUCCUCCACCGCAGUGCCUCAUUGGAGCAUCCAGAGAACCAGAAUUGCUCAUUGGCCAGAGCUGCAGGGGUGAUCAGGGAAGAGCUACCAAGGCAAAUUGAACUCCAGCCCUGAGACCACAGGCAUAUCUUUCAUCUCAAAAAUGAUAACUGACAUCUUUACGUCCACUUUUUUCAAAAUAAACUCAGAGAACACCGUCCCUGCUCUGGUGAUGACAUCCAGUAGCAUAUCAGUGUUUAUUAUGCACAGAUCUAUGAAAAUGGCAGUGUUAGCUUGGCAAGGACACAUUUUUGGCAGCGUGGCACACGCCAAGGCUUGACAGAGGAAACGCAUCCAUGCCAAUAAAAAUGUAAAGACCUGA